GACGCGUGGGCAUUGCCGGCCUUCAGCACCUUUGCUGAAACGAUCAAAAAGGAGACAGAAGAGGAGCAGCAGCAGCAGCAGCAGCAGCAGCAGCUGCAGCUGUACGGUGUACGUACACCUGAAGUAGCAGAGGCGGGAGUGGCCAGAGAACUGCAAAGGCAAAAAGAAGCAAAAAACAAAGAAGCGCUGCCUUUUGUGUCUCUGACGGAAGAAGAGUUUGUGACUUCGGGCUCAGUUCCUUUUUCAGUUUAUUUGGAAUAUUUGCGCUCUGGAGGAGGUUUGCUGCUGCUGCUGCUGUCGCUGCUGCUGCUGCUGCUGGGCUCCGUGCUGCUGCUGCUCUCCAACCUGCUGCUCUCCGCCUGGGCCGACAGAAAGCUGCAGCUAACUGAUGCUGCUGCUCUUUCUCUUUUUGCUGCUCUCGGCGGACUCCAUCUUCUCUUUUCUGCUGCUGGCUUCCUCCGUGUUGCUGCUGCUGCUGUUGCUGCUGCCAAACACUUCCACCACUCCCUCGUCCAAACCUUAAUUGACGCGCCCUUGAGCUUUUUCGACAGCACUCCUGUGGGGCGGGUGCUGCAGCGGCUGCUGCGGUGUAUGUCCACCUUGGACGAGCAGCUGCCAGCUUCUUUGCUGUCGUUUUACACCACUUUGGUGACUUGCUGCUGCUGCUUGCUGCUGGUGGGUUGCUGCUUGCCUUUGUUUUUGCUGGCAGCAGCGCCGCUGCUGCUGCUGUACCUGCGGGUGCAGCAAAGCUUCGUGCCCACCAGCCGGCAGCUGCAGCGGCUGGAAGCAGCAGCAAAAGGGCCGCUGCUGUCUUUCUUUUUGGAGCUGCUGGAGGGCCGCGAGACAAUUGCUGCGCUGCAGCAGCAGCAGCAGCAGCUGCUGCUCGCCCACGCCAAGGCCGACUGCAGCACGAAGCUGAGUUACUUGUCUUUGGCUGUGAACCGCUGGCUGGCGUGGUUGCUGCUGCUGCUGCUGCUGCUGCUGCAGCAAAAGGCGCUAUUUCCCCAGGAGUGGGGGGACUUGCUGUUGCUGCUGCUCUCUCUAUUACGCAGCAACUUAAUUGGCUAG